GGAUCUGAAAGCCCCCUUUGAAGGGGGAAGAAGUUUGAAGAGGACCCGCGGGUAGCGGGACUAAGCUCAGUGUUUCUCAGAAACAGACUUGCUCAUGACUCUAUGGAUGUCUUCACCGUGGAGGUGGCAUAAAGUGCUCGGCGUUUUUGAGAUGUUAAGAUAAAGACGUUUGAAAGCUCGAGUUUCUGGCUUUGGAGUUGUGGAGGGAAGGAAACUGAUUUACCGCCUGGUUGAUGACUUUUCCAGCGUGCAGUCGUGAAUGCUGUCCGGGAAGAGUUUAGCAGCUACACCGCGGGACUCUGCGACAGAAUAAUUAAGAAGAAGAAUACGGCGGACUGCACGCUGGAAGUAAUCCUCUUUCGUAACCUGCCUCUUACUCGCUGGGAUUUUGCAACUUUUACCUAGAAAUGGUUGGCAGUUUGAACUUGCCAAAUUUAUGUGAAGGAGAUCCUCUGGAUAUGAGUUGCAGGGCUGAGAGAGGACUUGAUAGCCCGGACUCUGGCUUACCCCCGAGUCCGAGCCCCAGUGCCUGGCUGCUGCCAGUGUCCGCAGAUAAAGCCGGUGGAGUGAGCUCUGUGUCCGAAGACGAAGGAAGGGGUUCCCUGGUUCCAGCUUUACCUGCUGGAUCUUUCCCACAGCUACACCCGCUGUCCUUUGGGGAAGGCAUAGCACUUGAUCCAUUACCACCAAAGGAAAUGAGAUACACCUCCUCAGUGCACUAUGACUCAGACCGCCACUUCAUCCAGAAUGUCAGCCUGGAGCCGUGGGGCCAAAGCCUCGAACACUGCAGGCAGACCGUUAUGGCUGUGUCCAACAGCACCUGGCGCCACUACGUGACACAGCUGGAGUUCCAGCCUCGCCAUCGUCCCAAGCAGUUCAAGAGCACCACCAUCAUCUACCCCAAGAAAGCCAGCACCAUCUAUACCACAGAGCUGAGCUACAACUGUCACCGGCUGUCCAGGCGUUUCCUCUCCAGCGUAGAGCUGGAUGCUGUGGCCAACAGAAAGUUACCUCAGUGAGAGUGGAAUCACGGGGGGAGAUGGCCAGGGACAUGCUGUCAUUCCCUCGGCCCCUAAAUUGGUGCUCCCUUAAGGCUAGUUGCCACUGACCUGCUGUCUUGUCUUUUUUAACACUUGUGUAGCCUGCUAUCAUUUUAAGAAGUGUGUUUAUAUAACAUGUUACAGAGAACAAAGGAGGUAAGACAUGGUUUGAGUAGAUUAAAUAUUCAGACCAUGUCAGGACAUGUUUAUAUCCCUGCCAAUGAAUGAAGCUCUCCACUAGCAUGGGUAUUACUUUUGAAUGCUUCAGGUUGUAGUUGGUUGAAAGGUUUCCAGAGGUGUAAUGAUGCGUUGUUUGUAUUAGCUGUAGAAAUAAUAUGGACCAAAAUGAGGACAAUGCAUAUUUGCUCUCAGCAAAUUGUGUUGCAUUAAGCUGGUCAAGCGUGUGAGUGACUUCUUUAAAGUUAUCUUUAAAGCAACGAGGCUGUAGCUAAAGAGAGGAGCACCUUUUAACACUGCUGAGGAUGUUCAAGGAGCAGAAGAGCAGUUAACACUUUUUUAAAAAAUAUAUAUGCUAAAAAAAUAUAUCACUAACUUAUCCACACUGUACAAAAUGUCUGAUCACGUUUUUUUUUUUUUUUUUUUUUUUGUGCAC